AUGACAAUAGAAUCACAACAUCAACAUCAACAACCACUUAAUGAUAAAGAAUCAACUUUUCCAUUAAACAAUCAACCAGUAACAUAUAUAAAUCCGGAAUUAACACAAUUAGAAAAUUCAAAACCAGGUCGUAAAGUUCACUUACCUUUUGGAUAUGGACCAGUCCCCACCACAGACUCAAAUAAAACUGUAUUUUUUUUUGACAUAGAUAAUUGCUUAUAUCAAAAAUCUACAAGAAUAUUUGAAAUGAUGCAAGUUAAAAUUCAUGAUUACUUCAAAAACAGUCUUAACUUAAAUGAUGAAGAAGCUUCAAAAUUACAUUUAAACUAUUAUAAGACUUAUGGAUUAGCUAUUGAAGGGUUAGUAAGGAAUCAUAAAGUUGACGCAUUGGAUUAUAAUUCAAAAGUUGAUGAUUCUUUGGAUUUGCACUCUGUAUUGAGGUAUGAUAAACCGUUAAGAGAUACUUUAUUAGAAGUUAAAAAAUCGGGUAAAUUUGAUUAUUUCUGGUUAGUUACUAAUGCGUACAAGAAUCAUGCAUUGAGAGUGAUUAGCUUUUUAGGAAUUGGUGAUUUAUUUAAUGGAUUAACUUAUUGUGAUUAUUCUAAAUUUCCAAUUAUAUGUAAACCAAUGAAAGGUUAUUUUAUAAAUGUAUUUGAUAAAACAAGAUUAGAUUAUCAUGAUGGAUCUGUUUUGGGUAGACAAUGGUUUAUUGAUGAUAGUGAAUUAAAUGUUAAAGCUGCUUUUGAUUUGGGUGUUGGUCAUGUUAUUCAUUAUGUUGAGGAGGAAGCUGAUAUUGAGAAAUUGAAACAAAAAGAUGAUUUUAAGAAAUAUUACGGUGGUGAAGACCGUAAAAUAUUAAUUUUGAGUAAAUUUAACAAUUUACCUAAACUUUUGGGUAUAUAA